AAAUAGUUGCUGGAAAGAACACUGACAGCUUGAAAGCAAAAUGAAGUUCUUUCUAUUGCUUUCCGCCAUUGGAUUCUGCUGGGCUCAGUAUGCCCCAAAUACCGAAUCUGGACGGACAUCUAUUGUCCAUCUGUUUGAGUGGCGCUGGGUUGAUAUUGCUCUUGAAUGUGAGCGAUACUUAGCUCCCAAAGGAUUUGGAGGGGUUCAGGUUUCCCCACCCAAUGAAAACGUGGUAAUUAAUAACCCUUCAAGACCUUGGUGGGAAAGAUACCAACCAGUUAGCUACAAGUUAUGUACAAGAUCAGGAAAUGAGGAUGAAUUCAAAGACAUGGUGACUAGAUGUAACAACGUUGGUGUCCGUAUUUAUGUGGAUGCUAUAAUUAAUCAUAUGUGUGGAAAUGGUGUGGCUGCAGGAACGAGCAGUACUUGUGGGAGUUACUUCAACCCUGGAACUGAGGAUUUUCCAGCAGUCCCGUACUCUGGUUGGGAUUUUAAUGAUGGUAAAUGUAAAACUGGAAGUGGAGAAAUUGAGAGCUAUAAUGAUGCUUCUCAGGUCCGAGAUUGUCGUCUGGUUGGUCUUCUUGAUCUUGCACUGGAGAAAGAUUAUGUGCGCUCCACGAUUGCUGAAUAUCUGAACCGUCUCAUUGACAUUGGUGUAGCAGGGUUCAGAAUUGAUGCUUCUAAGCACAUGUGGCCUGGAGACAUGAAGGCAAUUUUGGAUAAACUGCAUAAUCUAAACACAAGAUGGUUCCCUGCAGGAAGUAAACCUUUCAUUUACCAGGAGGUAAUUGAUCUGGGUGGUGAGCCAAUUAAAAGCAGUGAGUACUUUGGAAAUGGCCGUGUGACAGAAUUUAAAUAUGGUGCAAAACUCGGCACAGUUCUGCGCAAAUGGAAUGGAGAGAAGAUGUCUUACUUAAAGAACUGGGGAGAAGGCUGGGGUUUCAUGCCUUCUGACAGAGCACUUGUCUUUGUUGAUAACCAUGACAAUCAGCGAGGGCAUGGAGCUGGGGGAGCAUCUAUUCUUACAUUCUGGGACCCUAGACUGUACAAAAUGGGAGUUGGAUUUAUGCUCGCUCAUCCCUACGGAUUUACACGAGUAAUGUCAAGCUACCGUUGGCCAAGGCAUUUUGAAAAUGGACAAGAUGUUAAUGAUUGGAUUGGGCCACCAAAUAAUAAUGGAGUCAUUAAAGAAGUUACUAUUAAUCCAGAUACUACUUGUGGCAAUGACUGGGUCUGUGAACAUCGAUGGCGUCAAAUAAGGAACAUGGUUGUGUUCCGUAAUGUAGUUGAUGGCCAACCUUUUACAAACUGGUGGGAUAAUGGUAGCAACCAAGUGGCUUUUGGAAGAGGAAACAGAGGAUUCAUUGUCUUCAACAAUGAUGACUGGGCAUUAUCUUCACCUUUGCAAACUGGUCUUCCUGCUGGUACAUAUUGUGAUGUCAUUUCUGGAGAUAAAAUUGGAAGAAGCAAUAUAGUAUGGGCAAGCUCUUUUAAUUCUAUAGCAUUCAUUUGUUAUUAUCCUUGAUGGGGUAAAAAUGUCAAAACUAUUUUUGCAUCUACUAAUGAAUAACAUUAUUAUUAAAGAGGUUUGGAUUUUUGUUUUUCCCUGUUGAAUAAAGGGUAACAUCUCCACGUGGAUCGGCUAGAUGCAUCUCAACCUCAAGAUAUGAUUAAAGACAACUAUGAUGAAAUCAAACCUCAGAAUCUCAUGUGGAAGGGCAAAUGAAGAAGUGUUAACUGCUGAGUUAGUAUCUACUCUGUAGCAGGUGCUGAAUGUGCUCUCUAUAUAUGACUUCUACAUUCCUUUCUUAUGUAUGUGCAAUGAAGUUUCAAAAGGGUAGUUAACUUGACCAAGAUUAAUGCGGCAGAGCUCUGACAUCAAAUCGUCUGAUUCUUCUUUUUCAAUUGAAUACUGCCUCCUUCCUUUCUAUAAAAUAAGAGCUCUUCUUUCAGGAAGUCCACUUGAGCCUACACCCUCCAUCCUGACCUGGUUUACAUGCUCCUACUCUGUGCUUCAUAAAAUCCUGAGAAUGUAAUUCCAUCACUGGACCGCUGGAUAGAUCCAGAAUAAUAUUUUUCUCUGUGAGCCUGUGAAGUGACUGCUACUGACUUUGGAAUGUAAUUUUUUCACCCUGAAAAAAGUACAGUGGUCUCUCAUGAAGUACAAAGAUUGACAUUUCUGUGGACUUUAUAUGUCCAAGGAUACUUCAAAGGCUAAGUGUUCAAGGAAAUUUCUGCCAAAGCUCUAUCUAACCUAACCACAAGCUAAAGGAGCAGAGAUCUCAAAGAUCUCUGAGAUGACAGCAGAGAUGACAAAGAAUACAACCUUUACAAAUAAUACUUUAGAAGUCAUUAAUCAAAGAGCUAUAACACACAUAGCAAUUAAAACAAACCAUGAGGACAAGAAUAAUAUAAUUUCCAGAGUUACUACAUUAUAAUAUGUCAAAUUGUACAGUUUUCCACCAAAAAUUAUGGAGUAUACAAAGAAACAGGAAAAUAUGAUCCAUUCACAGGAGAAUUUAAUAGAAACUGUCCCUAAGGGAGCAGACACAUUGGACUUACUAAGUGUUAACUAUGAUAAAUGAGCUAAAGGAAGCCAGGAGAAAGAUGUCUUAACAAAUGGAGAAUAUCAAUAAAGGGAUAGAAAAUAUAAAAAAGAAGAAAACAUUUCUAGAGCUGAAAAGUAUAUUAACUAAAAUGAAGAAAUCACUUGAGCUUUUCAACAGCAUAUUUGAGCAGGCAGAAUAGAAUUGGCAAACUUGAAGACUGAAAUUAUCCACUCUGAGGAGCAGAAAGAAAAAAGAAUGAAGAAAAAUGAACAGAAUUUAAGAUACGUGUGCAACACCACCAAUUGUACCAACAUAAACAUAAUGGGAGUCCCAGAAAGAGAGAAUAGAGAGCAAAUGUCAGAAAGAAUAUUUGAAAAUAUAAUAGCCUAAAACCUCCCAAACUUGUUAAAAGACAUGAACCUUUAUACCCAAGAAGCUCAACAAAUUCCAAGAAGAAUAAACACAAAGAGAUCUAUACCAAGGCAUUUUAUAAUCAAACUGUUGAAAGACAAAGAGAGAAUCCUGAAAGAAGCAAGAGAGAAGCAAUUUGUCAUAUACAAGGAAUCCUCAGUAAGAGUAAUAGCCAAUUAAUCAGCAGAAACCAUGAAGGUCAGAAGGCAGUGGAAUAACAUAUUUAAAGUGCUGAAAGAAAAAAAUGAAUUCUAUAUGUGGCAAAACUAUCUUUCAAAAAUGAAGAAGAAACUAAGAUAUUUCCAGAAAAAUAGAAGCUGAGGGUGUUAGUCCCUGGUAGACUUGCCCUACAAGAAAUGCUAAAGAAAGUACUUCAGGAUGAAAUAAAAUGACAUUGGACAGCCAUGUGAAGUCAUUUGAAGCAUAAAGAACACUGGUACAGAGAUCACAAAACAAGUGAGACAUAUGAUGGUGGCCAUUAGAGAGAAGGAUGAAUGCCAGUCUGUGAAGUGAUGCUUCAGCUGUCUCAGGAGAGUAGCUGCCAAGCACACUCAAGAAGGAAACACGAAAUCAGACAUCUGUAUGUGAGCAGCAUCCGCCAUGUUUGCUCUGAGGAGAGAGAACCACAUGAAGCAAGACAGCAAAGGUGAAAUCCAGCAAGAUAGCCUACUUUAUUGCCAUGGCAACCCAACCCUGAUGAAAAGUAGGAAAACAAUAAAGUAUCUCUGAAAAAAAAAAUCUGUGCUAUGAAUACCUACUGGGUUGAGGAAAGAUGCACUCAUGGAAAGAGCUUGACAUUUUACCAUUUGGUGAUUUCUUGUAACAAAGUCAUGGGUGCUGCUUUGGGGAAAUGCUGAUUUGGAAAGCAUUGCAUUUACUAAAUUAUUUAAUUUGAACUGUUGCUAAAUUCAGAUUUAUAUGUGAAAGCUGUAGUUUCAGAUUAAAAUGUUAAGUGCCAUUGUAGAGGUCAAAGCGUUAACAUUGUCACUCUCCUUGAUGCAUUUUGACAAUCUUUUGCCAUCAUAUUUCACAUAAAUUGUGUGGUCAGUAAAAAAGAAAAGUUUCAGAACAUUCUGAUAUUUGAUAAAUUAGAGCUAUAUUUUAUUUGCCUGAUUGGAUUCUCAAAUUUCGCCCAUUAUUUUUUUUAAAUGCUCUUUCUUUCUUCAACUUCCUGUUUUUCGGUAUGCAGUUCAGUAUGGAAAGAAAACCUUUUCUUUUUUCUAUUCUGAAAAUGUUUAACAUUCAAGGAUUUAUAAAUUUUCCCAACUUUAGGCAAUUUUGAGUUGUUCCUAUGAUUGUU